UUCCCCGGCAGUUUGACGCUCUCCGGUGAGAGAGGGAGCUCUGCUGGUGUUUUGGUCCAGUCGACCCCACUCACCAAAAUGACAGCGAGGAAGUCUGGGUCACGACUGGAGACCGAGAUAGAGCGGUGCCGCUCAGAGAGCCAGUGGGACAAGAUCCCGGAGCUGGUGCGACAGCUCUCGGCCAAACUAAUAUCCAACGAUGACUUAGGUGAGCUGUUGUUGGGGGAAUGCAAACUCCAGACGUACUUGAAGGAGAAUCCCAUCAAACAGGGUGCCAGUCCCAGAGGCCCACGACCCAAACUGGUGGAGGUCAGGAAGCACCUCACUGCUGCUCUGGACAGAGGAAACCUCAAGCCUGAUUACCUCCAGGAGACCAGCCUGCUGAUGGCCAAGCUCUGCUAUGUGGAGGGAGACUACAGAGAUGCUUUAGGUCACUACGGCAGGGUGAGCCUGGAUGACAUGCAGCUGGUGGGAGCUCCUGUGUACAGGUUGUCCAUGAUAGCGGAGGCUUAUGCUACUAAAGGCUUGUGUCUAGAGAAGGUCCCAGCUGCUUCUCCAUCUCUGUCCAAUAAGAACACUGGGUCUCCACUGUCCAAUAGGAACACAACAGAGCGGGACCAGGAAAUCAUCACCUGCUAUGAAAAAUCUGGAGACAUUGCUUUGCUCUACCUGCAGGAGGCUGAGAAGGCACUGUCAGCUGGGAUUCAGAACCGCAGCCCAAAGCCUGGUCCAACAGCCCAGGACCAGGAACUGGGCUACUUCCUGGAGACGGGCCUGCAGAGAGCCCAUGUCAUCCACUUCAAGAACGGCAACCUGACACAAGGUGUGGGCAGGUUUCGGGAGAUUCUUCGGGCUGUUGAGACGAGAACCACCCAGAACCUACGCAUGACCAUUGCCAGACAGCUUGCAGAGAUCUUGCUCAGAGGAAUGUGUGAACAGAGCUACUGGUCUCCUCUGGAAGACCCGCCCACGGUGUCGCCCCUAGACGAUCCCACACGGCAGGGACACACUCACAGCAAGAACUACAGCCUGAGCCGACGCCCACGGGUGUACUCAGGAGAGAAUCUGUUUUGCCCUCAGGAAAACACAGAAGAAGCUUUGCUGCUGCUGCUCAUCAGUGAAUCAAUGGCUAACCGUGACGCCGUCCUGAGCAGAAUUCCUGAACACAACAACGAUCGGAUCAUCAGCCUACAGUCUGCCUCUGUGGUGUACGACCUGCUGACUAUAGCUCUGGGCAGGAGGGGGCAGUAUGAGAUGUUGUCAGAGUGUUUAGAGAGAGCCAUGAAGUUUGCCUUUGAGGAGUUCCAUUUGUGGUACCAGCUCGCCUUGUCGCUAAUGGCUGCUGGAAAAUCAGCUCGUGCUGUUAAGGUCCUUAAAGAAUGCAUUCGUCUGAAGCCUGAUGAUCCCACCAUCCCACUGCUCGCUGUCAAACUGUGUAUCGGACCUCUGCACUGGCUGGAUGAAGGGGAGUGCUUUGCAAAGAUGGUGAUUGACAUGGGAGAAAAAGCAGCUGAGUUCAGAGCCAAAGGCUACUUGGCCAUCGGCCUGGUGUACAGCCUCAAAGCCACUGAUGCAUCAUUGCGGAGCACACAGGAGGAGUACCAGAGGAAAGCUUUGGGAGCCUUUCAGAGAGCUCAGAGUCUGUCUCCUACUGAUCAUCUGGCUGCCUUCUACUUGGCGCUGCAGCUCGCUGUGUCCAGACAGAUCCCCGAGGCACUAGGCUAUGUUCGACAGGCACUGCAGCUUCAAGGAGAUGACGUCCACUCCCUCCAUCUGCUGGCCCUGCUUCUCUCUGCCCAGAAACACUACCACGACGGCCUCAAUAUUAUAGAGAUGGCUCUGUCUGAGUACCCCGAGAACUUCAAUCUGCUGUAUACCAAGGUGAAGCUGGAGGCCAUGUGUAGAGGACCAGAAGAAGCUCUGCUAACCUGUAAACACAUGCUGCAGAUCUGGAAGAGCUUUUACAACUUGACCAACCCCAGUGAUUCAGGGCGUGGCAGCAGCCUGUUGGAUAGAGCCAUAGCAGACAGACGACAGCUCAACGCCAUGACUCUGCCUGACUUCAGUGACCCUGAGACUGUCUCAGGUUCUUCCUCCUCUCAGUCUGGUUAUGAACCAGUCUCCCCCACCUCUCCAUCCACCAUCUCCACUCUCUCCUCUCCGCUGUCCUCCCCUUCCUCCCCCGUCCUCAUCCUCCAGUCUCCUCCUCCACCCAAAAACCCAUCCUUCCUCCCCUCUUCCCCUCCCUCUUCUUUUUCUCCUCUUCCUCCUCCUCCCACCAAGACCAGGACUCACUCCUUUUGCAACCACGUCGCUCUCCGCCAGCUCUCCUCCAACUGCGGCCUUCAGGACGCUAACACUCUUGGUUUUUCCUCCAUGUUUUCUGUUUGCUCGGUUCAUGCUACGUCCAUAGCAGCCAGUCGUGUGGAGCAGGCUCUGUCUGAGGUAGCCUCCUCCCUGCAGAGCAGCGCCCCCAAACAUGGACCCCUGCACCCCUGGAUGACGCUGGCUCAGAUCUGGCUUCAUGCAGCUGAGGUGUACAUCGGCAUGUCCAAACCAGCUGAAGCCACUGCGUGCACACAGGAAGCCGCCAACCUCUUCCCCACAUCCCAUAAUGUGCUGUACAUGAGGGGCCAGAUAGCCGAGCUGAGGGGCAACAUAGACGAAGCCAAACGCUGGUACGAGGAGGCGCUGUCCAUCAACCCGACCCACGUCAAGACCAUGCAGAGACUGGGUCUGAUUCUGCACCAGCUGCAGCGCUACAGUCUGUCCGAAAAAGUCCUGAGAGACGCCGUUCAGGUCAACAGUACGGCUCAUGAUGUGUGGAACAGUCUAGGUGAGGUGUUACAGGCUCAGGGAAACUCUGCUGCUGCUACAGAGUGUUUCCUCACCGCCUUGGAGCUGGAGGCCAGCAGCCCCAUCCUGCCCUUCACCAUCAUCCCCCGAGCGCUAUGAGACACACACACACGCACACCUUCACACUUAGAGCCUCAGUUCUGUAGCACAGUGGCACAAACGAUGGACCUGCAAGCUGCACUCUCCCCAAACACACAGCGCAUGUCUGCAUGCCACUAACUCCCACCUGCACAAAGUCGCACUGCCGUCAGACACACACACACACACACACACACAACGCUGUAUAUACAUGCAACAACACAAAUAAAGCAUACACAGACGCUUCCUUCUGCCCACCCACAAUGCCUUGCUGUGGCUGUGACCCCCUGACCGUGUGUGUGUGUGUGUGUGAUUUAUUGUCGUGUGUGUGUCCGUCUGCGCUGUUUGCGUGCCCCUUUGUGUCCCACAUCUGUGUGUGUGUGCCAACAUGUUAGUGUGUGGUUUCUGGUGCGCUUGUCUUCUCGUCCUGUUCGGAUGUAAAUAAAAUUCAGUUUGAGUCUCAGCUCUGCAUCACAAGCCCAACAUUCUGUUUACACGCUGUUUAGUCCAGAAAAUUCACCCGUACAGCCAGAAAAUCUGACAGGAACGGAUCAUUGAUGUUUCAUUUGUGAGCCAAAUAUACACUUUAUACACACACACACACACACACACACACACUAGUGACAGUCAUGUCUUAAAGAACCCACUGGAGCAUCGGCAGACCCGAUCAACAGAUCACUGAGGAGUCAAUCAGUCAGUACAGUUGAAAUGCCAAAACACACGAUGCAUCAACACACACACAGAAAGUCUGAUUUAUCGUAGCUCACGCUGAAGGAACGGUUGAACUGAAGCGCUCCUGAUCUUCUGUGUGCAGGUUUUAGACACUCCUGGUUUUGUUUCAUGUUCUCAGAUUUUGUAAGUUCUCAUAGUUUCUGCAGAAUUGUCUGAUUUUGACCAAUAGCAAACAUUCAGAUGACGGGUUUUAGUGCGAUCGGAUCCGGUUACAGCAGCUGCACACCUAAAAACUCACAGAAGAACAGAUGAGCUCCUGUCCACCCCUCCUGUUAUAACCUGUUACAGUUUCUGAAAAAAAUCAGAUUUUCUGUUGUGUGUAAAUGCAUCUGCAGUGACUGUGUUGUCUUUGUGUUCUGUUUUUUUUUUCAAUAUUGAUUUUGGAUUAUAAAUACAAAGAAUUAUUGUUGUAUAUUUGAUUGUUCCAAGUGUAUUAUUAUUGUUAUUAUUUUAGAGAGUAAAUUAUAAUUCUAUUUUCCGGAGAGCGAUGUUACUGAGAUGCUGUCGGAGGGAAUGAAAGGAUGAACUGAUCCAGUUUGUUGUCAGUCAGUGAGUCUUUUGUGCUGUAAAUGAAUGACUGAAAUUAGAAUGAUAACAAUAAGAAGAUGACAAUAAAAGUGGCUCUGAAGAACUCUGA